UUUUGUUCUGAGCGUUUCAAAAUAAUAUAAAUGAGUUAACUGUAAUUUUCCAUUUGAUAGAGUGCCAGGGUCAGGAUCAAUCUGUUUCUUUUCUCGCGUGAUAUUUACGUAUCUGCACUAAAUUAAAGGUGCCGCGCAUGGAUUUAUAACCUGUGCGAAAACCUCAAGUGAAAGCUCUGUGAAAUGGGAUAAGCAAUUUGUUUUCCUCAGUGAUCUGCAGUUCUUAGUAUGAAUCGAAAUAUAAGUAAUCAUAAGCGAAAGGCCAAUCCGGUCGUGGGGGCGAAUAUUUUUUCGCAGUGGACUUUUUGGUGGAUGAAAGAUCUCUUCCGGAAAGGAUAUCGACGACCACUAACUCAAGAUGAUUUAUACGACAAUAAGCCUACACUUAAUAGUCAACCUUUGACUAACAAAUUUCUCAAAUUAUGGAAUGAUGAGUUGGCGAGGGAAAAACCGAAUAUUUUUCGGAUGCUAUUUCGGGCUUAUGGAGCUCUGCUAAUUAUUAUGGGAGUACUUUAUUGUGUGCUGGAAACGGGAUGCAAAGUAGUACAAGUUCUCAGCCUAGGUGAACUCAUUUCCUACUUCACUCCCGGUCAGGAGAACAUAAGUAACCAGAUGGCUUGGGUGUACGCAGUUGGAGUGGUCAUACCUUUAGUAUUGAAGGUGAUAGUAUUCAAUCCUUACAUGUUAUAUUCCUACAUGAUAGGAACAAGAAUGAGACUUGGGUGCUCUGGACUAAUUUACCGAAAAAUCUUACAAUUAUCAAAAUCAUCGAUGAACGAUGGAAUGAGCGGAAGGGCCAUCAACAUCCUUUCGAACGACUUGACGACGUUUGAUUUGACAAUGACCUACAUCAACGAAUUAUUUCGGGGACCCCUUGAAACAAUUCUGUUUGGAUAUCUCAUGUAUCUUGAAAUAGGCAUUUCAGCAUUUAUUGGAGUUGGAUUUAUGCUGCUAUUUCUCCCUGCUCAAGGAGUAGCUGCAAGGAAGACAGCAAGCUUCAGGCAAAAAGCUGCAGCAAGAACUGAUGUACGAGUAAAGCUUAUGAAUGAGAUCCUUCAAGGAAUUCAAGUUAUCAAAAUGUACGCUUGGGAAAAACCAUUUGCUACCGUUAUCGCUAAAGUGCGAAAAUGCGAACUAUCUGCUAUAAGAGGAGGAGUUUAUGUCCAGGCGGCUUUAAAUUCCAUAUACAUGAUCUCUGGCGUUUCAGUGUUUCUCAGCUUAGUUUCGUAUGUCCUUCUAGGGAAUGCCCUGACGGCAAGGAAGGUUUUUAUGGUCUCAACUUUUUUCAAUGCAUUGAAUGAUUCUUUCAUUCAGUUAUGGCCACUAUCCAUAACACUCUGGGCUCAGACUUAUGUUUCUGCGAAAAGAGCUGAACAGUUUUUGCUUGGAAAUCAAAGUAAUGUCAACAUACCCAAAAAUCCUGAUCUGUUAACAAGAAAACAUUACCAAAAUAGUAAGGAGAAAUCUGUUAUAUUUGAAAAUGUCACAGCAAAUUGGAGCGGAGACACCACCGAAAAUGGAAUCCUAAAAGGUUUGACUUUUCGAGCCAUGUCAGGGAAACUAAUGGCUGUGAUUGGUCCAGUAGGUGCCGGUAAAUCAUCUUUACUGAACGUAGUCAUCGGAGAACUCAUCCCUCAGGUGGGAACGGUCACUAUAAAUGGAAGUAUAAGUUAUGCAUGCCAAGAAAGCUGGGUAUUUGAAGGCUCUAUCCAGGACAAUAUUAUUUUCACAGAGGACUUCGAUCAAGAUCGAUAUCACCAAGUUAUAGAAAUAUGUGCUUUGCGAAGUGACUUUGAUUUAUUUCCUUAUGGUGAUCAGACUAUAGUGGGCGAGCGUGGCAUAAGUUUAAGUGGUGGCCAGAAGGCCAGAGUGAAUUUAGCGCGAGCAUUAUACAAGAGAGCUGAUAUUUAUCUUUUGGAUGAUCCACUCUCAGCAGUUGACACUCAUGUUGGUCAUCAUAUUUUCGACAAGUGCAUCAAAGAAUUCCUAAAGGACAAAAUUUGUAUCCUCGUUACACAUCAACUUCAAUUUCUCAAAAACGUAGAGCACAUUCUUUUCAUGAACGCUGGUGAAAUUCAGGCACAAGGAAGCUUUGAAGAACUUCAAAUAAUGGAUGGUCUUAAAUUUUUGGGAACAGAUUAUGCUGCGCCUACAGAACAAACUAGUCAAGCAGAUGAUAUGAACGCAGAGGCUACUGUUAAAGAAUCUCCAAUGAAGAAGUUUGAGAAAGACAACGGUAAUGAUAGGCAGGAACAGCAGGCCACAGGAUCUGUGGGAUUUGGAGUGUAUAAGUCAUAUUUCAAGGCGAUGGACAAUUGCUUUCUGUUUUACAUGAUAUUGACUUUGUUCGUCGCUGCAAGGAUUGUACUAUCGGGGGUCGAUUACUUUUUGGCAGAGUGGGUAAACUGGGAGCAAAGUCUUACAAUACAAAACAUAGAAGUCCUUUCUGCCACUGCAUCAAAUGGAGAGCACCAGGAACAACGGGAAACAUUCGUAACCAUCUACUCAGUAAUGUUGGGCUUAGCGCUAAUAUUAUUCCUAGCAAGGACCUAUGGGUUUUUUAUGAUGUGCCUUCGCGUCUCUUUAAAGCUGCAUGACAGACUUUUUGGGAGAAUCGCUCGGGCCACCAUGCAAUUUUUCAACAUAAACUCAUCAGGAAGAAUUUUGAAUCGUUUUUCGAGGGACAUUUUCGCAAUUGAUUGUAAUCUACCGAAUUCGAUGCUUAUAUGUUUUGGGUUCUUUAUGGAUAUGACUGCCAUUAUAACAAUCGUCGCAAUUGCUAAUUAUUGGCUGCUGAUUCCAGCAAUCAUCAUUAUCGUGGUCUUCUACAUUAUUUGCAAUAUUUUCAUACGUACAACCCGUAGCUUGAAGCGAGUUGAAUCAUUAAGUCGAAGCCCAAUAUAUUCGCAUACGAAUCAAACUUUCCAAGGACUAACAACUAUUCGAGCGUUUGGCGCAGAAGAAACUCUCGAAAAAGAAUUCCACGCUCUUGAAAACAUUCACACCUCAGUUUGGUAUGUCUUCCUGGCAGCAAACAGGGCCCUCUCUCUGUGGCUUGAUAUUGUCUGCAUCAUGUAUGUGGCUGUCGUUACAUUCAGCUUCCUUGCAAUGGAAAAGCAAUUCAAAAGCGGUGAUGUUGGAUUGGCUAUCAUGAAUUCUAUUAAUUUGGUUGGUUUGUGCCAACGAGGUCUCCGACAAACUACUGAAGUGGAGAAUUACAUGACUUCAGUUGAGAGAGUUCUAGAGUAUGCUGAGGUUCGGCCAGAAACCGCUUUGGAAAUAGCUGAGGCACCUAAAUUAGACAAAGCCUGGCCCGAAAAUGGGUCUAUUAAAUUCAUCAACUUCAGCAUGAAGUACGCAGAGGAUAAGGAUUUCAUUUUGAGAGAUUUGAAUUUUUCAAUCAAAGGCGGUGAAAAGGUGGGAAUAGUAGGAAGGACAGGAGCUGGUAAAUCUUCGAUUAUUCAGGCUAUAUUUCGUCUGGCUAUUAACCAUGGAGUGAUUGAAAUUGACGGAAUAGAUACAAAUCAGUUGGAACUGCAUGAUUUGCGGAGUAAUAUCUCAAUUAUUCCCCAAGAUCCAGUUUUAUUUUCGGGAACACUUCGUUAUAAUUUGGAUCCAUUUGGUACUACUGAUGAUGAAUCAAUUUGGAAAGUCCUAAAGGAUGUUGAGCUCAAAGAAUAUGUUUCCAACCUGCCUGAGGGACUCGAAUAUGCUAUGUCCGAAGGAGGGUCUAACUUCAGCAUGGGACAAAGACAGCUAGUAUGCUUGGCACGCGCUAUUUUAAGGAAUAAUAAAAUUUUAAUAUUAGAUGAAGCAACGGCCAACGUCGAUCCAGAGACUGAUCAAUUUAUUCAGAAAACUAUCCGUGCAAAGUUUGAAAAUUGUACAGUGUUGACCAUAGCCCAUAGACUGCAUACUGUUAUGGAUAGUGACAGAAUCGUUGUAAUGGAUAAUGGUCGUGUUGUCGAAAUUGGCCAUCCACACAUUUUGUUGGGUCAAAAUAAUGGAUACUUGCGAAAAUUGGUCGAAAGAUGCUGCCCUAAUACAUCGAUGGCACUUAAAAAUAUUGCCAAAAAUAGCUUCGAAAGAAAAUUGUCAAAUGAUAACUGUAAAUAAUGUUUAUUUUGAAAGAGAAAAUGUUGAGUACUGGCCUG